AUGCUGAUUCCGUCCUUUCAGCUCAACCUGCAAGAGCCGCUCCAGCAGGGGAAGGUCUGCGCCGGGCAUCUUUACGACGACAGCUCUUGCGUGGCCGGGGCCACCCUUGGUGGCAAGGUUCUUGUGCACAACCCUCACGAGAAGGCGGGCAGCGGCGUGAACGCAACGCAAUUCCUCAACAUCAACAGAGAUGUGUCCUGCGUCGAUUGCGGCCCUCUGGACAGGUCGAUUGCACAUGACGUACUGGUGGUUGGGACGCAGUCGUCCGUGCAAGCGUAUGACGCAGAGGCGAACAGGGAGGUGUUCCAUCGCGAGGUGGCCGACGGCGCGUCCAGAGUCGUCGUGGGAAACCUGGGCAUCUUCGAACAACCUGUUGCAGUGGUGGGUGGGAACUGCUCGAUCCAGGGCUUCGCCGUCGACGAAAACGGCGAGGGGCAGGAAGUCUACUGGUCCGUCACGGGCGACAAUGUCUCUGCGCUGGCGCUCGCGGACGUCGAUGGGGACGGGUACAAUGAAAUUCUAGUGGGAAGUGAGGAUUUCCAGGUCAGGGUGUUCCAGCACGAGGAGUGCCUGCUGGAGACGACUGAAACGGACGCCGUCACGGACCUGACGCCGAUACAUUCGCAACGUUACGGGUAUGCACUGGCGAACGGAACGGUCGGAGUGUACUCCCUUGACAAGCGCGCUUGGCGGGUGAAAUCGCGUCACAAGCCGACUGCGCUGCAAGCGUUCGACUUGGACGGGGACGGUGUACCGGAACUGAUCAGCGGCUGGAGCAGCGGGAAAGUUGAGGUGCGUGACGAGGCAAGUGGUCAGGUGGUUUUCAAAGACGUCAUCGGGAGCGGUGUCGCGGGGCUGCUGCGGGCCAACAUUCGUGGGCACGGAGAGGAGCUUGUCGUGUGCGGCACAGAGGGACAGCUGCGCGGGUAUCAGGCAGCCGUCGACGACACUCGUGUCGCCCAGGUUGCAAAUCAGCGCGUCCUGAUGGAGCUGUCGAACCAGCGCGACGAGGUGGUCGCCCAGCUGGCUUCCGCCCGCCAGCUGCUCAUUGAGAAGCGGAACAAGCCCAAAGACGACACGCGAGGUGGCGCGGGAGACAUGCUGCCGGGUGACACCAAGGUCACCAUGCGAUGGGAAAUUGCGCCAUCCCAGAAGCACGUGGAUAUCGUUGCGGAAGUGGACACCGAGUGCUGGAUCAGGGGAUGCGUCCUGCUAGCGGAGGGCAUUUUCAAGGGAACGGAGUCGCUCGGGCACAUGUUCGACACUCCAACUCGGUGCUGCAGGGUGCCGGUGGUCACGGAGAAGGACAUGGCGUGCACGGUCCACAUCAAGGUCCUCGUCUGUUCGUCGCUGGGCUCGAGCGUCACUCACCUCUACGAGAGCGACUUGGUGCUGCCGCGUUUCGCCAUGCACUACGUGGUGCCUCGCAGCCACCUGCAACACGAGCCCAGCGCGUACGUUCAGUUCAAGAUCAACGAGCGGGUGCAGCGGGUCGCGCUGUGGAUCGAGCAGGCGUUCAAUGCAGAUACUUCGAACUUGCAGAAGUCCGCGUCCCUGGACGCCGCGUUCCUCUCCAUCCGAACAGGUCAAGGCACCAUCCUCGAAGUCCAACCGACUGCCGAUGGUCUUGCGAAUCAGGUGACGAUCAGAACAGACGACAUGGCGCUCGCGGGUGACAUCGUUCAGGACAUGUGUCAAGCGCUGGCCAUUGGGGAUCUGAAGUCGACUGCAGUUUUCCCACAUGAGAUGUCUGCGCUGCAGCGCACGCUCGACAUCGUGUCGGACUGCAACGCCAAUCGAAUCAAGUUCCAGGCUGAAGCUGCGGACAACAGUAACCUGGUCAAGUCUCUCGUGAUCAGGGCCGAGGACAGCCGCAUCCUGUGGGACAUGGAGGGAAUGACUCGCUCGUACAGGUCACUCAUGGACGUCAACAGGGAUCUGCUGAUGGAGCAUGAGAAGCGGGCCACAAAUCAUCAGCAGCUGCUCGAUUCGCUCAAGGAGGUCAACGGCAUGAUACAGAAGGCUGCGCGCUUGCGAGCCGGUCAGCCUAAGGCAGCUGUGGUGUCGGCGUGCCGGUCCGCAAUUCGCUCGUCGAAUCUUUCGGCCUUGCAUCAGAUCAUCCAGCAAGGCGCCCCCGACGACGUGUAA